GGGCGGGAGCGCGCGCAGUGUUGGGUGUGGCGCGCUGCGCUUUGAGGUAGUCUCUAGUUCUAGGUGUGAAUAUUUUUUUCCCCUUCAGUUGUACACGCGAGAUUUGGUUAAAGAGACACCGCUUUGUAUUGUGAGGGGAAAAGAGAGGUCAUAACUGAUAGCCGAAGACCGCCUCUUCUCAAGGUCGCUUUUCGAGCGAGACACCGGACAGUUUUUCAGAAGUGGGUGGGUCUCUCCUGCGUUCUAACUACAGGGACUGUCAGAGGUGCAAAGUGCCCUAAUGUCCUCCGUGGAGAAAUACGAAAUCCCGUUGAUCUGUACGGUUCCCCUCGUCCUCAGGAACGUGCUUUUUGACCCUCAGUUUUUCCUCAAGCGGGUUCCUCUUGAGGUUAAGGGAAUUAGAUGAAAUGACUAUAAAGCACUGAGCACAGCCUAUGGCACAGAUUUAAAGUAAUCUCGGAGAUCCAGGCUCUGCAGUUUCCACAAAGAAUUUUCAACACGGUGGCUUGAAAGGGUUAGUAUUUUCGCUGGUCCGACACGGUAUUCACAGCAGUAAGAGAGCAAAGGUGGAGUGUUGGUGCACCACCGCUCUUGGAGUGUCAGGUUUGCCCAGCGACUGUUCUGUAUAGAUGGUUACUGCCCUCAUAUUUGGUAGCGCUCUCCAGCCUCUUAGUACACCAUUGGGGUAAGGUUUGCAUGCGGUAAAACACACAAAUCAAGAGUACAAAUCACUGACCUAGUUUGUUUAUACACCUGUGGUUGAAGCUCAGCUAAGAUAGCAGCUCUAAGGAUCUCUAAGUAGCUGGGCGUGGUCCCCCACGCCUGUAAUCCCAGCACUCUGAGGAGGCUGAGCCAAGAGGAUCCCUGCAAGUUCGAGGCCAGCUGGAGCUACAUGGGUGUCAGCAUGGAAGCCAUGAGUGAGAAUAAAAUGGUGUCCUCUGAGUUUAGCACAGGACCUGUGGAAAAAGCUGCCAAACCUUUGCCAUUUAAGGAUCCCAACUUUGUGCACUCUGGCCAUGGUGGUGCCAUAGCUGGCAAGAAGAACAGAACCUGGAAGAACCUGAAACAGAUUCUCGCUGCUGAAAGGGCAUUGCCUUGGCAACUGAACGAUCCUAACUACUUCAGUAUCGAUGCUCCUCCAUCCUUUAAACCAGCUAAGAAGUAUUCUGAUGUUUCAGGCCUUCUUGCCAACUACACAGACCCACAGAGCAAGCUGCGGUUCAGCACCAUCGAAGAGUUUUCCUACAUUCGGAGGCUGCCUUCUGAUGUCGUCACUGGCUACCUGGCCCUGAGAAAGGCCACGAGCAUCGUUCCCUGAGCCUGAGAAAUGGAGACAAAGUGGAAACUGUUUCAAAGGCAGACUUUGGACUCAUGAUUUUGUUUUAUGGAAACAAGCUUAUUCUGCUGUCAAUCUGAAAAUGUCAGUUCUGUGCCUUGGAAAGAAUGUUUGGCUUUGACUUAAGAGUUUUUUCUGUGUUUUCCCUCCAAGUGUGAUAUUUCCUGUUGAAUUAAAUUAUACUUCAGUUAUUUCCUCAAGUAAAAGUAUUUGACAAGAAAAUA